AGCCGGCCGGAGCGGGCCGGGCAGCGGCCGCCGCCGUCCCGAGUCGCGCGGGCAGGCCCGGGCGGGAGGAUGGAGCUGAAUUCCCUGCUGAUCCUGCUGGAGGCGGCCGAGUACCUGGAGCGCAGGGACCGAGAGGCCGAGCACGGCUACGCCUCGGUGCUGCCCUUCGACGGCGACUUCGCCAGGAAGAAAACAAAGGCGGCGGGCCUGGUGCGCAAGGCCCCGAACAACAGGUCUUCACAUAACGAGCUAGAAAAGCACAGACGAGCCAAGCUCAGACUGUACCUGGAGCAGCUGAAGCAGCUGGUGCCCUUGGGCCCCGACAGCACCCGCCACACCACGCUGAGCCUCCUGAAGAGGGCCAGGAUGCACAUCAAGAAACUGGAGGAGCAGGACCGCCGCGCCCUGAGCGUCAAGGAGCAGCUGCAGCGGGAGCACCGCUUCCUGAAGCGGCGCCUGGAGCAGCUGUCCCUGCAGAGCGUGGAGCGCGUGCGCACCGACAGCACCGGCUCUGCUGUCUCCACCGACGACUCGGAGCAAGAAGUGGACAUAGAGGGCACGGAGUUUGGGUCCGGCGAGCUGGACAGUGCAGGCAGCAGCAGCGACGUGGACGACCACUACAGCCUGCGGAGCGGCGGCUGUGGCGCCGGCUACGGGCCUCCCUGCCGGCGGCCUGGCCGCCCCGGCCUCUCUUAGGCCCACGCCCCCUGCUCCUUGGCCUGCCUGCCCGCCUCUGGCUGAGCGUGUCAGCCCUCCUGCGCUCCCUCGACCGACAUCAGCCUCUCCACGGGCCACUGCUGUGCCGUUCUGGAAGCCCCAGCUGUCGCCUGGGCUGCCUGCCUCUGCCUGCCUGCCGGUCAGGGCCCGCCGAGCCGCCCGCCCCUCCUGGCUGUGCGGGGCCCACCGCGGGAGGGCAGGGCCAAGCUCCGCGUAGUCGCCCACGGUCUGUCCUCAGAUUCCUAAUCAUUCCAGAAGUAUUAAAUGUCAUUGCUGCAAACCUCGGCGGGCGCCGUGUGAGGGGCUUAAUGACCACCUCGGGGAGCGCAGACCCCAGCUCGGAUGCCGGGAGAAAGGAGUGGACCGAGGAAGGAAGGAAGGAAGGUGCAGCUGUCCGUCCGUCCAUCUGUCGGUCCACGCAGGCUCCUGAGGCAUGGACAGAGGGAUCUGUGAAGGGCGGGACUUGGGUGAGCACCCCGGGGUCGGGAGGGUGGAGGGGGCCCUUCCCACCCUGCAGGUUCAGGAGCCAGGCCAGGCCUCCCCACAGCAGGCGGGGGGGGGGGGGCUCCUGCCCUGGUAGGACCGCGGGUCGCACACACAGGCACCUAGGUUCACGCCUGCUCGUGUGCCCGAGGAGCACGUGGGCACCCCUGGAGGGCAGGCUGGCCUUCAGGGUCACCUGCUGGCCCUCGCCCUGUGCCUGGCUCCCCCUCUGGUCCCUGGCCCGCCUGCCCCUGCCCACGUGACCCUGGGGUCUGCACAGAGGGAGCUUCUCUGCCAGCAGAGGCUGGAGCCUCCGGGCUUUCUCACCUCUCUUUGAACAGACAAAAAUGCAAAAUCCGACGUGAGAAGCUGCAGGCCAGCGCCCCCGCAGGGCUCCAGCGCCCUCCCCGGGGAGUGCCCACGGCUGCCUGUGGCAGCCUCAGCUGGCAAAGAGGCUUUUCCCAAAACACAAAACAGAGAGACAGCUCUGAAGCCGGGGCCAAGGGCCGGGAGCGUGUGCCGCCUUGAUUUCCUGUACCAGAUUUUGUACUCUAUUUUCCUAGCCGCUGUUACGUCCUUGAUUGCUGAGGGGUGGGAGCCACCCGGUGUCUCAGGGACCCGUCCCUCCGUCAUGCUGUCACAGUGUGCCUUGCGUCCCGAGUCCCGCCCCGUCCUGCUCGCCACCAGCAGCCUGUCUCGGGGCCCUCCUCCCUGCCGCACCGGCAGCCCCCCCAGCCACGGCUGUCUGGGAGUGGUGCCUGCGUGCACAGCAUGGCGGCUGCUGUCUGCAGCAGGAGGGGCUCUGAUCCUGCCCCGCCGCCUGGCAGCUGGCAGGGACUGGCUGUGCAGCCUGGGGGAGAGCAGGCCUCCUGGGUGGGGGCUGGCUUGUGAACCAGAGGGAGACUCUCACCUUAACCCCCUGCACUCCCUUGAACCCUGGCCCAGGGCAAGGUCUCUGGGUUUCAGACGUUGGCAGCUCCUGAAGACAGCGCUGGCCCCUGGUGCUGCAGGCCCGUCCCUGGGGACAUGCAGCAAUACUUGGGUGGGCCCGCGCACACACCCCCACUUCCUCCUCCUCCAGUGCAUUUGUAACCAAUUUCCAAACUGUCGGGGAAAUCUGUGUUUUUAUCUUCAGUCGUGCCAAUGGACGCCCCAGAGUGUGGCAGGGGGCUCUUGAGGCAUGCGGGUCCCUAGAAACAGCUCUGGCGCAGAGCCUGCCCUGUGAGGGCGCGGGGUGGUGGGCAGAGAGCAGGCCUGGGGCGCAGGUGGAGUCUGUGCGACAGCCCAGUGGUCCCCGUGGGUGUGAGGAAGCUGGGGGCGGGGUCAGCAGUGCCCCGAAAAGGCAGGUGUCUCCUGUCUGCCUAUGCGUGUCCACUGAGUGGUCACUCAUGCCCUCCACCCUCAGAGUGUGCUUAGGAACCUGCUUCGAGGGCCAGAGCCCAGGAACCCUGCCCAGUGCAGCCCCGGCCCUGGGGCAGGCACAGCCCAACCCAGGGCUGACCUGCACCUCAGCCCGGGGCUUUUCAGGCUGUGGUUCCCACAUGGGCUGGGGCCUCGGCCUCCUAGCUGUGCUGCAGCCGCCCCCACCUGCUACCAGCAGGUGAGGGGGGUGGUCCUUGAUGGGGGUGCAGCUGUGCCAAGAGCUACUUGACGCACUCCUCUCAGCCCUGUCUUUGGCACAGGCUGGCUGAUGCUGGGGCCACAGGUCCAAUGCGGCUGUGGUGUCAGAAAGCAGGGCUGCUGAGGGCGCUCCGUGUCCUGCGUGUGUCUGUCCACGUAGGCCGGCGUGGUGCUCAGAGGCCAAGGGUCCGGAACCCCGGGCACAAGCACAGGGCCGCCACGUUAUUAGGAGGUAGCCCCACGUCAGACGCCAUGGUCUGGUGCAGGCCCAGCUGCGAACGAAAGGCCGCAGGAAGUGGCCCUGGGCCAGCCCUCCCCAGCCCCAGCUCGGUGGCCUGUGGGCCCCCACCUUCCCGCCGGCCAGGACCACCCCCUGCCCCCCUCAGGGUUAGCUAACCCAGAGUCCCUCCCCAGGCCAGCAGGCUGCCCUGGGCCUACAUCUAGGGCAGUAGUGCAGGGCCGUGCCAGGGUCUGGGGCGACACAGAAGGGGGCCUGGUGCUGGCCCAGUGUGUGUGGGUAUGCUGCGAGGUCCGUACUGGAGAGAGAAGCGGGGCCUCCACCGCCUGUCCGCCAGGUGGGCUGUGCUGUGUCAUUGUGUCAUUGUAAUAUAAAUACAGAUUUUUAUACCUCA